AUGUCAUUAAAGAAAGCCAAUAUUAAUUCCGUCAAGGAUUUGCACAAACAUACAGAUGAACAGCUUGGAUCCAUACUUCAACAAUUGGGUUACGAGGAAUCGUUCACACUUACCGACAUUAAACUAGGAUUAGGACUCGUAAGUGUUGCUAUUGCGGGCUUACUUUUUCUAGCUGAUAAGAAAUACGAAUUCAAGGAUAUUUAUGGGCUUACAGCUGCUUCAUGCUUUAUAUAUGCUAUUCUCAAUGGAGUAUUGUUUUUAGUGAAUAGAAAGUACAAAAAUGUUAAAUAUAUUGGCUAUUCAAAGGGAAAUAAACUUGUGAUAGCAACAGAAACAACCAAGUAUGAUCCAAUAUACUUUCUCACGAUCAAUGGGAAAAGAGCACAGAUUCCAUUUAGUAAAAUUUAUGAUUCUAUUGGAUACUUAGAUAGGGACGAGUUUUCGAAAUUGUUGUCACGCGAAAUCAAUAAAAAAGAUGAAUAA